AUGAGUUUACCACGUCAUAUUCUCAGUGCAUUACAAAUUCCACGUGUAACUCAAGCACGAGCAUCAACUGAUUAUGCUCUUCAUCUUGAUGGUAAAGCACAACAAUGGACUAUAGGAAUAUCGAGCAUGUUUGUUGAUGCUAUUGGUUUGGCACCAUUCAAAGAUGUGUUCUGGUCCACCUCAUUACAACCUGGAUCUCCUUAUAAACCAAAUGCUAAAGAAGUACUUCCAGAACGAGAAAUACUUAUUGCGACUUUAUCCACAGGACCUGUCAGUCCUGGAGAUGCUAUUAAUUAUACCAAUACACAACAUAUUAUGAAAUGUUGUCGUGGAGAUGGUUUGAUUUUGAAGCCAGAUCAACCAUUGACUAUGAUUAAUAGAUUAGUAUCGGACUGGGCUUUUUAUGAUGGUGUCUCACAAGGUGAACUUUAUUCAACAAGAACAAAUAUACAUGGUCAAAUACUCUAUACCAUCUUUGCAUCCGCGAUGAAACAAGAUUAUUUAGUUUAUCCUUCUAUGAUUGGGGCUCAACCAGGAGUGAUCUGGUCAUAUGAUAAUCCAACAGCAGUAUCAACUUUCGAUGAUGAUCAUCCUCUAAAUGUUUCAACUGCUAAAUGUCAUGAUUUAUCAAUAUGUCUUUGAAAUCCUUUAUAUGAACCGUUUAAACGUUUAGAAUUUUGA